AAUUAAACUGCAUGUUUUUAUCUGCAGAUUUCAUAAUAUCUCCCUGUUUCAUUCUGGAAUCUGAUGCCUUUUCAAUGCAAUAGUGAAUACUAGCUUUCUGUGGAUUGAUUCUUAAAACCUUGUACAAGGGCCUUUGUGGCUCUGUCCCUCCUUCAUCUCAAGCUCUCACCAGUUCACCAUGGAAGAAGAAACGCUUGUAUAUCAACAAGACGAGGUGCAUACAAUCCCUACAUCUCUGGAGGAGCUCUCUGUGGCAGGCAGGCUGCGCAUCAUUGAGAGACGUCACUCUGCGUACAUUGAAUGGCGUUGCAGUGAUGACGAGAGCAAUCCUGAUAAUGACUGGGCUGUGGUGAACAAAUCUGCUGUGACAUUCACACAUCACAAUUCUUCAGGUUCUGUGGAGAUCUCAACUCCAAGAAGACAUGUCCGACCAAUAUCCGUGGAGCUGGCUGAUCUUGGCAGUUACAAACUGACUAUUGAAGGCAGCUUGGUACUCAUUCAACGUGAUGGGUCCACUCACCCAGCGCUGCAGUUUCCUGGCAAGGAUGCUGAAUAUUUUGUUGAGGUUCUCUCCAGAUACGUCGCCAUUAAACGAUCAGAAAAAGACAGCACAUUAUUCUUGCUGAGAGACAAGAAGACGGCCCGCAUAGACGACCAGCUGAGUGCUUUAGGUCUUGUGUCGCAUGCCAGCAGAGGCUCCCGUGUCAGGAAGCUGCAUGGAAGCUCCUCUUCUGACUCUAACAGGUCCCGAGGCUCACCGCAGCAUACAAGCUCUAGUCAAGUGGAGCUUCAUUCUGCCGUCGUGCCCUGGACUACAGCCGCCCCUCAGCGCGUCAUGGGAUUCAUCAGCAACUUCAGGCGGGACCCCUACACCACCACCCUCACCACCCUCUCCAAGUUCUAUGAUAUUGUCCUUUCUGAGGACGACUGGGCUGAAGGCUUCGUGUCGGAGCGCGGAGGAGACGACCUCAACCCCUUCGCCUCCCUCAGUGGCCUGGACAACCUAGAGCCUGGCUUCCAGGUUGUGACACUGAAGGGCAAGCUGGUGGAGAGGCCGCGCGUGGAGCGGCUGCCUCCGCUGACGCAGCUCGAGUACAGCCAACACUGCGACGUGGACGGCGGCGUGAGGGACCCGCAGCUUCUCAAGCGCAGGAUCUUUAAGGGAGGCAUCCACCCGAGCCUGCGCAGCGAGCUGUGGUGCUACCUACUGGGCUACUACGACUGGAGCUCCAGCAGCGCUCAGCGGGAAGUUCGUCGUAACGAGCGUUUGGUGGAGUACCAGAAACUGAAGCUGCAGUGGUCUACCAUGACCGCAGACCAGGAGCUGCGCAACAGUGGAUUCAGGGAAAGAAAGUCACUCAUAGAAAAAGACGUCAACCGUACGGACCGAAGUCACCCGUUCUAUGAAGGGGACGACAACCCUAACGUACAGCUGCUGCACAACAUCCUCAUGAGCUACGUUAUGUUCAACUUUGACCUGGGCUACGUGCAAGGCAUGAGUGACCUUCUCGCACCCAUCCUCUACGUCACGCAGAACGAGUGCGCUGCCUUCUGGUGCUUCGUAGGCUACAUCGACAUUGUUCACCGCAACUUCGACAUGGACCAGAGCGGCAUGAAGGAGCAGUUACUCGGUCUGCAGCAUCUCAUCGCCGUGAUAGACCCCGAGUUUAUGAGCUACCUCGAGUCCAGUGAAUCUGCCAACCUAUACUUCUGCUUCCGCUGGCUCUUAGUACGCUUCAAACGCGAGCUAUCGUACUCCGACACGCUCCGGCUGUGGGAGGUGCUGUGGUCGCAGGAGCCCUGCAAGAACUUUCACUUGCUGGUGGCCGCCGCCAUUUUGGACCACGAACGCAACACCAUCAUGGAGAACAAGUUUGAAUUCACGGAAAUUCUCAAACACAUCAACGACACGAGCCAACGCCUGAACCUGGAGGAGCUGUUGUGCUCUGCCGAGGCGAUAUACGAGCAGUUGGUGGCCUCGAGCGACGUGCCGGCUGCGGUACUUACCUUACUGGGGCUGCCCCUGAAGCCCUCGUCUCAGGACGGUGAGGCGGACGUGUCAGUGGGGGAACUGGCCAGCGAAAAGUGCGUUUCUACUGACGAAGAGACGAGCCCUUUGGAAAGCUCACGCAUCAUUUCUGCGGGCCCCUCAAGUUCCAGGGGCAAGAAGGAGAACUUUGUCCUGUACAGGCGAUGCGACCACAACGACGACGACGACUUCCUUAGCGAGGAGGAUACGAGUGGUGACAGCUGCGGCGGUGCAGGGGACAACAACGCAUCGGUGGUCCCACGCGGGGACACAAGUGCUACCGACGGAGCCCCUCGAGGGCUGGUGGGUACGGUGACCAGCAUUUUAGGGUCUGCCGUCCGCCACAUCGCCGGUGAAGACGCCUCGAUCGAUCUACUGUCGCCCAUCUCCGCUGCCCUGCACAACGAAGGUCUCUUCGAAGACGCCAUCGGCCAGCAAUACCUGUGACGUGCCUCGCUUGACUCCGCUGAAAAUUAUGCCAGUUUACUGAGGCAUAAAUUGGUUUUAUUAAGUCACACAAGAAAAAUGGUGAAGCAGAACGUCGACCAGCAACUUAAACAAAAAAGCAUCAUAAUAAAUAUAAGCAAAGAGAAAUCUAAAGGAAGAGGCCUUCCGGGAAUUUUUCAUGUGAAAUCUGAGAUCGAUGUAUGGAACAAGAAACCAUUACCCGAAGUUGCUGCGCGGCUCUUGUAGAAGAAGUAAGCUAAUCGAUCCUCACAAAUCCAUUCCCAGCUUCCGCUGACCUUAGUCAGUUUUAUAGGAAUUAUACAAUUUCAAACAAGUCAGCUUUAUUUGCAUUUUUUGCAUAAAGAAUAACUGUAUGUUUAAAUCAUGGUCUAUUAUCUACAAUUAUCUUUGACGUAUUUAUUUUACUCAGGCUGCAUUAUGAAAAUGUGUGCCACAGAACACGCAACAGAGCGCGCAACAAUGGGACGCUACCGUCCGAUACGUUUUCAUGAUACAAACUUAGUAAAAUAAAUGCACUCGUUUUAGCGCACCUCGAGUACGCUUGUCUCGUUUCUGUUUUGUUUAAUUAUCUCUUCUUCGCACAUCGUUUUUCUGCGAUUACUAAAUGCUGCUUCUUAGUCGACUGUAUUAGCGCGCAGGCAAUUCAAGAACUUCCGACUCCAGUUCACAGUAAAUAGUUUUUUGUUAGAAAUUAGCGACGAUCGAGUCCGUUCAGCUUGAUAAUUAUGAAUAUUUUUGACUUACGAUGCAAAAAACGAUUGAUGAUGCAUAACUUUUAAAAUUAAAUUCUUAUAUAACAUCACUUUAUUUGAAAACUGUUUUUUACAAGCAUUUGUACGCCAACGUUGAUCGACACCGUGCUCAUUAAAACUGCAAGCAGUAGCAAUGACAUCUAUAUUGAUGGUCAUUUUUCUGCAUUGAAAGCGUGUACUCAAAUUGGUUAAACGAUCGAUAAUCGUUCAGUACGAUUGUACUAAUUCCUGCUCCUCUUUCACGAAGUAUCUGAACUCUGUGCACAGCUGCGGCGUUAGCUGCUGCGGUGGAGCGCAGCAAAACAAGAUUAUGUCACACCUUGUUUGUAUAUAAUGUCUUUUGUGAUUAUAACGUACAGGUCUAAAUAAAGUAUAACGUACAGGUCUAAAUAAAGGAGUCUAAUUCAAUCUCUGUAUGGCUGCUAAGGAGAAAUGAUGAGAAAUAACUUCAUUCAGAAAAUAAUCUAUCAGAAUUUGACCCUCCGUCGAUUCGAUUACUAUUACUAUGGUUGUUGUUACUGUGAAAAAGGUUUGCUAUUUAACGCAGCGAGGAUCGGGCGCAUUAUGAAUUAUUUUUUGAAAUGUCAAUGUUGCUUCAAAGUUCAAUGAGUGCCUCCCAUCCCUUCAGGGUACUUGAUUAGCGUAAAUUUCAAAGCCACUCUAAUUGUAGUUAGCGGCAAAUUGAGACAUGAUGCGUGAAAAUAUCCUUUUCUAAGUAGUUGACAUUAAAGAUCUUUCCAACACAAGCCGCGUGUGUGAAACAAUUCUCGCCUGAAAAGAUUAUGAUCACAAAACUUACGGCUGCGUCAUCCUUCUAACGGAAUCCUAAUACCCAGGAGAUUGGUUAUUAUUUGUUAUAAUAAUGAAAUUAUAUUAACUUGAUAUCCAUUCAAUAUAUACUUGGAGUAAUCAAGUAUUACGAAAUAAAUUAAAGUCAAGUGCGUUUUUGUGAUGUUCAACGGAGAUGUGAUGUAGCUUGUCUACGCCUCACUUAUCCACGGAGCUCCUUAGCUAACGGAAGCCUCUUGCGCUUCAAAAGCCGCUAGCACCCAUCACGUUUAUCGGGACUCUUCAUAAUAUUCUGGUAUAUUUGGUUGUCUUAGGCAUAAAAAGUAUACGUUUGUUAAGUUUAGAGUAUAUUUAAUUAGACUUAUAUAGAAAAAAUUGUGCAGUCAUC